AUGGACGACGUGGUGUUCAGGUGUACCAAGCAAGACGAUGCCCAGGAAAAAGCUCUCAAAUGUGUUCACUGCAAUUACAUAACUGAACAUCGAAGCUACCUGCAGAGGCACAUGAAGGCGCACGCCGAAGGAAAAAGGUAUCAAUGCCUAGAAUGCGAGUAUCGAACAGCCCGGAGCGAUCACUUGAACAACCACAUGAGGACCCAUACCUCGGAGAAACCGUUUUCCUGCAAUCAAUGUGAUUUCCGAUGCGCUCAACAAGCAACCUUGUACAAUCAUCUCAAUCGACGUCACUUCAAGGACAAACGGACGUUCAUGUGUGAAUACUGCAACUAUAGAUGCCAUAUACGCGCGGACAUGAACAAACACAUCCGUAAAGUUCACGAAGGUCGCUGUAUACUGCUGGGAGUCUGA